CUAAAAACAACUGUUGUCAUUUUCUUUUUCUCUUCCCCCAGCUUCUCUAUCUGUCUCCUGAGGCAUCAUGGGAGGCGUGGCGUUGGACUUGGAUGCAGGAGCGGUGAAGGCACCAGAUGGCGGGUGGGGCUGGGCGGUGCUGGCCGGCUGUUUUGUCAUCACAGGUUUCUCAUACGCUUUCCCAAAAGCAGUCAGUGUCUUUUUCAAAGACCUGAUCCGGGAUUUUGGGGUGGGAUACAGCGACACGGCCUGGAUCUCCUCCAUACUGCUGGCCAUGCUCUACGGCACAGGUCCUGUGUGCAGCGUGCUGGUGAACCGUUUCGGCUGUCGUCCAGUGAUGAUGGUGGGAGGCCUCUUUGCCUCUCUGGGAAUGAUCCUUGCCUCCUUCUCCACCAGCAUCAUCCACAUCUACCUCUCGACUGGGGUUAUUACAGGUCUUGGGUUAGCCCUGAACUUUCAGCCAUCGCUGAUUAUGCUCAAUCGCUACUUCAGUGAGAAGCGUCCAUUGGCUAAUGGGCUGUCAGCAGCAGGAAGUCCUGUGGCACUUUGCUGCUUAUCUCCACUGGGUCAGGUCCUCCAGUACCAUUAUGGAUGGAGGGGGGGCUUCCUCAUCUUGGGUGGCAUUUUACUAAACUGCUGUGUAUGUGGGGCCUUGAUGAAGCCGCUAGUCGCCCCCAAAACCCAUCAGGCCAAUGAUGUGGAACAGAAGAAGGAAGAGGGAGCAGAGGAGAAGAAGAAGCCCAAGGCCAAACUGCUGGACUUCUCCGUCUUCAAAGACCGGGGUUUUGUCAUCUACACUGUCGCAGCGUCCAUCAUGGUGCUGGGGCUGUUUGUGCCUCCAGUGUUUUUUGUGAGCUACGCUAAGGAGCUGGGGAACGAGGACACCAAGUCAGCUCUGCUGCUCACGAUCCUGGGCUUUGUUGACAUUUUUGCCCGGCCUACGUGUGGUGUGAUUGCCGGACUGAAAUGGGUUCGGCCUCGCUGCGUGUACCUUUUCAGCUUUGCUAUGAUCUUCAAUGGAGUCACUGACCUGAUCGGGUCUCAGGCCAAGGACUACGCAUCCCUGGUGGUAUACGCAAUCUUCUUUGGCAUCUCCUAUGGGAUGGUAGGAGCGCUGCAGUUUGAAGUUCUCAUGGAAAUAGUUGGGACAAAGAAGUUCUCCAGUGCCAUCGGCCUGGUCCUGCUCAUGGAGGCCAUAGCUGUGCUGGUGGGGCCGCCUUGUGCAGGUCGGCUUCUCGACGCCACCGGCAACUACAUGUUUGUCUUCCUGCUGGCGGGAACCGAGGUUGUCAUCUCAGCCGUGGUUCUGGCCACUUGCAACUUCAUCUGUAUCUCAAAGAAGUCUUCAGUGCUGGUGGACGGCCUCGAGGAUGGCACGAUGACGAGCGACGCCGAGACAGAGGCGUCGGGCAAAGCUGCAGAACCCAGCGACCAGGAGGAGAAACGAGCGAGAGGGGAGAAGGAGAAGGAGAUGAAAAGGGAAAAGCAGGAAGAGAAAGUAGGUGAGGUCAGGCCAGACAGUGUUACAGUGAACUCACAGAAAGUAGAAAACUUCCUGAAAGAGUCACAACAGAAUGGUGAUGUUGUCACCAGUCCUGAAACAUGCCUGUGAGCAGACAAGGUUUUUAAAAAAGUAUAUUCCAACAGCAUCACUGCCACAUAAACAAGAAUGUAUGUUUUAUAUUGUGGUGCUUCAUAGUCUUGUGUAUAUACUGUAGUUAAUGUUACAAUUCAAUAGGUGAAUUUUGAUGUAGCCAAUGGCAAAUAAAGGUGACCAAUAUCCUGUUUUCUUGGUUUCAAGGAGAAAUUAGCUUUGAGCUAUAUUUGGUGCAAUAAUAGUAUUACAUUACGCAUUGUUCUUACAAAGAAAGUACAAAAGUCAGUCAGUCAUCAUCUAACCGCUUUAUCCUCCACCAGAGGGUUG